AUGAGCAAACAAUACUUGGACCUGCCGGUUGCUCCUGCAGACACGGCCUUUGAGCUGAUGGCUGAAUAUGAUGCGGAUCCGCACCCAAGCAAAGUCUCCCUGAUCGCGGGGGCAUACCGCGACGAAGACGGACAACCCUGGGUGCUCCCAAGUGUGAAAGAGGCCAAAGCUCGCCGCAGUCAGGAUCAGAACCACGAAUACCUUGGCAUUGCAGGCUCCCCCGCACUCGUUGAAUUGGCUCAAGUCCUUACUUUCGGAUCCGAAAUCAUCUCUGGACUGGAUAAGAGCAUCGCCUCCAUUCAAACCGUCUCCGGCACGGGCGCUAACCACAUGGCCGCGCAUUUCCUAGCACAGCAUCUUUGCCCGACCCGGGUCUUCAUCCCUUCGCCGACAUGGAUCAACCACAGGACCAUCUGGGCCACCGUUGGGGUGCCCAUCGAGGAUUAUCCGUACUAUGCACGGAGAACCGGAGGAGUCGAUCUGGAAGGGAUGCUCUCUGUGCUCGAAACCACUGCCGAGGCCAGAGACGUGGUGAUCCUUCAAGCCUGCGCGCACAACCCUACGGGGGUAGACCUCUCCAAGACCCAGUGGGCCCAAGUCGCAGAGGUCGUGAAGCGGAAGAACCUGUACGUCGUCUUCGACAACGCCUACCAGGGCUUUGCUACCGGUGAUGUGGAUGGCGACGCGUGGGCGAUUCGCUUUUUCGUGGAGCAGAUGGUUCUGAACGGCCAGCCCGACCACCCGGGUCUCUGCGUUGCACAAUCCUUCUCCAAGAACUUUGGACUCUAUGGCGAGCGCGUGGGUGCUCUCCAUCUGGUCGUGCCCCGGCAUCUUUCCGCACAGGGCGCCCGGUCCGAAUUGGUCGCCCUCGCCCGGGCGGAGUACUCCAACCCGCCGCGCUUUGGGGCGAGUAUCGUCGAGACUGUCCUGGCGGAUGAGCAGCUGAGGGCCCAAUGGCAGAGAGAUUUGAACACGAUGAGCUCGAGGAUCGAGGCAAUGCGGCAUGAGCUUUGCGAGAGGCUAGAGACUAACGGGAUACCGGGGAGUUGGUCGUCUAUUAAGAGCCAGAUUGUUGCAAUCGAUGUCAUGCUCAUAAAGUCAAAUGUUCCGGCGAAAAGCCCUGUGCCCGAUGUCGUCAAGCGGGCUGUAGUUGCGAAUAUGUCCAACGUGACAGGAAGCUCAAGGUCAAUGAGAGUCCGAAAUCCACUGCUAGGAGAGCGUGCUUGGUUCUAUCCUUACGAUCCCUCAGCUCCUCCGAUAUAUAUGGGAGUCGCUGCCUGUACGGCCUUCGCGACACGAUUGCGGCAAUUUCUUACCGGGAACCCGAAUGCACCUCACAUUGCUCGAACCCAGUACACGCCAGAGGCAUUGCUGCUCGAGGCAGAGACCGAAUGGCCGAGGCUUCCACAAGCCCGUCUACUCGUCCGUAUUGCCUUCAACCAGUUAAGCCGCGUAUAUCAUCUGUUUCUGCGCAAAACUACGCUGGAGCAAUUAGAGUCAAUUUAUCGGGAUCCCUCGAAACGUGACGACCCGUCUUUGACAUGCAAAUUCUUUGCCCUUUUUGCCUUAGGGGAGGUAUACUCCUCUCGAUCCGAUUAUUCGACUCGAGGUCGAGUGCCGGGCGUCAAAUGCUAUGUUCGAGCAAUGAAUUUGACGCCCAUUCUACCAGAACGGCCUGCGUUGAUUCAUGUCGAAAGUUUGUUGCUAUUGUCUCUUUUUUCAUACUUCCUCAAUCGACGUCAUGCAGCGUACAUGUUGAUUGGCAAUGCCAUGCGCCUUGGCCUGAUACUAGGAUUGAACCAUAACAUCUCUGAACGCCAAUGCACAGAUCCCACGGAGCGACAGCACCGAAUUCGGCUUUGGUGGGCUAUAUACAUCUAUGAUCGUAUGUGGGGUUCCAAAACAGGGUUUCCACUUCAAAUUCGAGAUGAUGAUAUUCAUGUCGACAUGCCAUCCGACGUCUCUUGUCCUGCAUUUGAGGAGCAAUUCUCCGAUACCGCAUACUUGGUCGCCAGUAUCCAGUUAGCUCGAAUCGUCGGCCAGGUUAUCGAGAAGAUUUACAGCCGGAAGCAACAUCCAGAGUCGUUCUUGCAAAGAGAACAGCAAUUGUUGCUUGCGCAGCAGGAGUGGCUGCAGUCCCUCCCAGCACACAUCAGGCUACGCACUGAUGAAGGUCCUCCAUCCAAGCAUAUCAUCUCUCUUCACCUGCAGUUCAACCAGUGUGUCAUCUUGGCUACACGCCCUAUCAUUCUUCAUGCUCUUCUCCAGCAACGAGGUCAGCGUGAGAACAGUAAAGGCCUCCCGCAACCUGUCAUUACACUGAGUGAAGCCUGUAUCCAUGCUGCCCGACAUUCGCAUGCUCUGAUCAUCGAAGAAUGGGUCAAUGCCUCCCUGCCUAUGUAUGGCUACUUCUACGCUCAGUACUUGUUCUCCUCGGCCAUAGUUCUUGUCAUAUCCGGGCUCCUGCCAGCUAUCGGCAACCCCGCGGAUCUCGACUCCCUUGAGGUGGCGAUUGAAAUAUUGUCCCGGAUGAGUGAUCAUGGAAACCUUGCGGCGGCGGAGUUCCACAAGAAUCUCAAGCAAGUCGAACAAUCUUUGUCGGUUGAUGUCGGCAAAAGUGCCGAUCAAGCCGGUCAAUUACCCCGACAAUCGCUCCAAAGGCCCUUCGUGCUCCCUCCCGCAGGAGAUCAUGCCAUUGAAAACGGCGUCCCCCCUCUCCCCGUUGCAGGUUUCACCACUGAAAUGGCCUUCUUGGAACCGAUGAUGCAGGACUUCCUUGCUAGGCCAGAUACCGAGAUUGAAGCCAUCCACCCCGAUCUACUCACCAUCGGAGAGUCAGCUGGGGCGGACUUUUGGCCAACAACAUUUUGGACGUCGUAG